AUGCUGGGCGAAGUCACAAAGUUCGGGUGUUCCAUAUGGGAGGAGGUAAAGCAUCUUUGCCGCCGGCCACGCGAUGCGUGCCAAACUGUUCUCAGCAUCUGCUGCGUCAUUCUAGCUGCUCUCAUGCUAUGGAAGGUGCUGGUGUUGGCCGCUGGGAGUCCUUCCCCUGUGGUUGUUGUACUGAGUGGCUCCAUGUUGCCUGCCUUUAGCCGUGGAGACAUUCUCUUUCUGCUCGACAGGGGUCAAAGUACAGCUGUUGGAGACAUAGUCGUAUUCAAGGUAGAAGGACGAGAAAUUCCAAUUGUGCACCGUGUGAUUAGCCUGCAUACCAACGCCUCGGGAGAGUCUAAUAUGCUCACGAAGGGCGAUAACAAUUCUGUGGACGACAGAGGCCUUUAUGCCAACAAAGACUUAUGGCUCAAGGACAGCAGCAUCAUGGGUACCACCGUUGUGUACUUGCCUUACGUUGGCCAAGUAACCAUUGUAUUAAACGACUACCCGGUGGUUAAAUGGGCUGUUAUAGGGGGCAUGGUGAUUCUCGCGCUUUUAGGCUACGAAUAG